AUGGCGUCUUCCAUAAGCAAACAAGCAGAGCUGAAGUCGAUCUCGCUGGCCGGCCUUCUGGAGGGCAACAUCGAUGCCGUGAACAAUCUCGUGUCUGCCUGUAAAGAAAACGGAUUCUUUUAUCUCGAUUUCCGUGAUGAUUCCACUUGCAAGACAUUGAAGGACGUCGAAGACCUUGUCGUCGUUGGAAACAAAGUGUUCAAGCUACCGUUGGAAGAAAAGGAGAGGUAUAGCACUGAGAAACACCUGCCAUCAAGGCUUCAGGGAUACAAACGGGCCGGCUGUUCAGUUGGACCAUUUGCUGAGAAGAAGGAUGGCUAUGAGAGCUUCUCGAUUCACAACAACGGCAUCUUUGGCCAGGACACUUUGCAACUCCCGCAGGCCUUUGAAGAAAACCUACAGCUGGUGACGACCUUCAUGAACGAAGUGCACAACUACACCGAGCGGAUUCUGUCGAUCCUAUCAAAAGCCCUUGAUCUUCCUUCUGACUUGAAAGACUGCCAUCACAAAGAUAAGCCCUCGUCCGCCAACAUGGCCAUGCUCAAAUACCUCCCUUGGAGUAGCAGCGAUGAGAAAGUCGGGAACAUGGCACAUACCGACAUGGGGACGUUGACUGUUGUUUUCACUCAGUCUGAAGGGUUGCAGGCGUUACUGCCUGGAAGUUCGGGGACGGAUGAGUGGUCGUACAUCCCACCCCACCCCGGGCAUGCUGUGGUCAAUGUGGGCGAUUCGCUACGCUUUCUGUCCAAGGGGGCUCUGACCUCGUCUCUGCACCGUGUUGUGCCGCCUCCGCCCCAUUCGCCCGGCAAGGAUAAGUUUUCGUGCAUCUACUUCCUGCGGCCGGAGUUCGAAGCCAAGUUUACGGACCAUGCUGGGAAAGAGAUUAAUAGCGUGGAGUGGCAUAAUAAGAAGUAUGCUCUGUUUCGGGAGGCAAGUCUUGAUGCGAAGCAGCAUGGGGCGAUGUUGACGGGGCGCAACGGGUAUCUUGGGGCAUCUGCUCAGAAUGUCUAG